ACGAUGCGCAGCCAUUGUGCCCUUUUUAUGUCUAUGUUUGUGUCUGUGUAGUUUCUUACUCUAACUCUUCUUGUCUCUCUCUGUUUGUGUGUCACUGUUAGCAAUGAGUAUCUCUUCACUGGCGCUGGAUUCUCACGCAAUAUGCAACCCUAAACCUCAACGCCCCUUCUCCACCUUCAACCAUUACCGCACCACCCGGAACUUCGUCGUUUGCUCCGCGAAGCCCGUCGCUCCUCCUGCCUCCAAGCUCACCGCCGCCGACUCCUCCGCCUCUCGCAUCGGGUCGCUCAGCCAGGUCUCCGGCGUCCUGGGUUGCCAGUGGGGCGAUGAGGGCAAAGGGAAGCUCGUUGACAUCUUAGCUCAGCACUUUGAUAUCGUUGCUCGCUGUCAGGGCGGAGCUAAUGCUGGGCAUACCAUUUAUAAUGCGGAAGGGAAAAAGUUCGCCCUUCAUCUUGUUCCAUCCGGUAUCCUCAAUGAGGAUACUCUUUGUGUUAUAGGAAAUGGAGUGGUGGUGCACCUGCCUGGCUUGUUUGAAGAAAUUGAUCGCCUCGAAUCAAAUGGGGUUUCUUGCAAAGGAAGGAUAUUGAUUUCUGAUCGUGCUCACCUUUUGUUCGACUUGCACCAAGAAGUGGAUGGGCUGAGGGAAGCUGAGCUUGCUAAAUCUUUUAUUGGUACUACCAAGAGAGGCAUUGGACCGUGCUACGCCAGCAAGGUUAACCGUAAUGGCCUUAGAGUAAGCGAUUUGAGGUACAUGGAUACUUUUCCUCAGAAGCUCGAGGUUUUGUUAUCAGAUGCUGCAGAAAGGUUCAAAAAAUUUAACUAUGGUCCGAACGUGCUUAAGGAAGAAGUUGAAAAAUACAAGAGAUAUGCUGAGAGAUUGGAACCCUUUAUUGCUGAUACAGUGCAUGUCAUGAACGAAGCUAUAACCCAAAAGAAGAAGAUUUUGGUUGAGGGAGGACAAGCAACCAUGUUGGACAUUGAUUUUGGAACUUAUCCCUUUGUUACUUCAUCUAGCCCAUCGGCAGGUGGGAUCUGCAUUGGUCUUGGUAUAGCCCCAAGAGUAGUUGGUGAUUUAAUAGGAGUGGUGAAAGCAUACACCACUAGAGUUGGUUCAGGUCCUUUUCCAACAGAAAAUUUGGGUUCAGGAGGUGAUCUCCUCAGAUUUACUGGGCAGGAGUUUGGCACAACUACUGGCCGUCCUCGACGGUGCGGUUGGCUUGAUAUAGUUGCAUUAAGAUACUCUUGUCAGAUUAACGGUUUUUCAUCAUUGAAUCUGACCAAGCUGGAUGUUUUAUCGGAACUUGACGAGAUCCAGUUGGGUGUCUCAUACAAACAUGUUGAUGGGACCCCAAUCCAAUCAUUCCCUUCAGAUCUCAGUCUUCUUGAGCAAUUGAAGGUGGAAUAUGAAGUACUUCCUGGAUGGAAGUCUGAUAUUUCUUCCAUCAGAAACUAUUCUGACCUUCCAAAAGCUGCGCAGCAGUAUGUGGAAAGGAUAGAAGAACUUGUUGGUGUCCCUAUCCACUACAUUGGUGUCGGGCCUGGACGUGAUGCUCUCAUAUUCAAAUGAGUCUGGACUUUCGUGCCUCCAUUGGCAAGUUGUGUUUUUUUGCAUAGAAGUAUUAAUUCCAACUAACUUUCGAAGAUUUGGAAUGAAAAGCUUAGUGACUAGUGAGGAUUACCUACUUGAUGUACUAUGUUGUUAUCCAUCUUUAAUGGCAUUUUGGAUUCUGCAGAAAUUUGAUAUUGGUGUUUUUUUACCUUUAAAUUUGCUGUGAUUGCCGUGAGGCUGAGCAUGACUCUAAUACAUGAAUUAGAUACAUGAUCAUAUAACAUCUGUUUUUACUGUUAUUCAUAUAACAGAAAAUAAUGUGCUUGCAGUCAUUGUUAGGCUGUUA